UGUAUGGGCGCGGUCUCGUGCUGCAGGUCAGGGCAAGGUGCGUUAUCAUUACCUCUGACAAACACCGACACUCUGCAGCGGACCGGCUUCCUGAACGAGCCUCCUCUGGAUGUUGUUGGCGCUGCCACCCCGGAAAGUUAAAGAAAAAUGACAAGUCUGCAUCCACUGAAAUCUGUGAUUUCCAUCGGGAAUGCGAACGACACGUCGCUGGCGCUGCCGUCCCCUGACCGGUGCCGGUCGGGCCAACAGCGCGUCCUGGAACAAGUGCAGACUAUCAGGAGGAGCAAGUCCAAAUCCAGGCUGUCCAACAGAACAGGAUCUACUUCUUUAUCUCCAACAUCUCCUACAUAUGACUCUGUGUUCUUUGAGCCUUCAAAGUCACAGUCCAGCGCGUCUAAUGGAGGCAUCUUCUUCGAGAAUGGCUUUUCUAAAUCUGUUGGCAAAGAGAAAAGCAUCAACCGGCAUUCAGUUAACAUCAAUCAGGGAACCAGUGUGAACAGGAACACAGGUUCUACCUAUCAAUAUGAGAGGGGUUACAGCCUCGGCUCCAUGGCGGUCGGUCCAAACAACACCAGCUACAGCGAGCCUGAUAUGGCCUGGCAUCGCUCCGUGCCAAAACGCUCUGCUCCUUCGCAGAGACUCCCGUCCAACAAUGUGUCCUACAGACAAGAGAGGGCCUCCACUCAGUUCAUGACGAGCGCCACGUCCCAGCAUUUUCCUCAGCCUCAGGUCGCUAUGAAUGGCACACUAGGUCUGACCAAAACAAGCAACCAGUUCAUCUGCAGCCAAGGUGAAGUGACCAAAAGUCUCUCGAAGCCUCCGGUUAUUGAGACUGCUGUGAAGAUAAGAGGAAAUUCUGGGUCAAAUGAGAACAGUGGAGUUGCUGAUAUCAGUAUGAAGGAAGCUGUUGAGUAUCUUUCCAAUGAGGAUGCGACGUACCAGCAUUGUGGCGCUUCCUACAUACAGCACAACACUUUCAUUGACAACACUAAAGAGGAGGUGUUGAAGCUCAAUGGGAUUCAACCCUUGGUGGAUCUGCUGCACAGCUCCAGUUCACAAGUCAACGAGACGGCCUCGGCUGCCCUCCGUAACCUGUCCUUUAAAAGCAACAACAACAAGGAGCAGAUACAUCGCUCGGGUGGCAUCACGGAGACUGUGGCUCUGCUCAAAGACACAGACUCUGUGGAGACACAGAAACAGCUGACAGGUCUCCUGUGGAAUUUGUCCUCUGUAGACAGCCUGAAGCCGGACCUGCUGAAGAGUGCGCUGCCUGUCUUAAUGGAGCGCGUGAUCCUGCCUUACACCACAGGUCCCGACCGGACCAACAGCAGCACCCAGGACGCCGAGGUCUUCUUUAACACCACGGGAUGUCUAAGAAACUUAAGCAGUACGAAACAAAGCAACAGACAGUCGAUGAGAAAGUGUCGCGGUCUGGUCGACUCUUUGGUUCGUUAUGUUAGAGACUGCGUGGAAGCAGGAAACCCAGACGAUAAGUCUGUAGAAAACUGCGUGUGCAUCCUGCACAACCUGACGUUCCAGCUGGAGGCCGAGGCUCCGGCUCUGUUCAGCAGGAUCACAGCGCUGGUCAAGACUGUCAACAGGUCCCACAGCCCGAGCGACGGCGGCCCCAUCAGCUGCUUCAGUCCCCAGAGCAAAUCGUCUGAACUCGAGCAGAGCUUUGACUUCCCAGUCGUUGAGGAUCCACAACCUAAUGGGGCCGGUUGGCUGAUCCACUCAAAAACUCUGCAGGACUACCUGUCUUUGCUUAGCACUAGCCAGCGAGAAGAAACGCAGGAAGCCUGUUGUGGAGCCCUGCAGAACCUCACUGCACAAGAAGGCAUUGUUUCCGGUGUAAUGAGCCAGAUCAUUGUGCAGAAACUGAAUGGCCUGCAAGUUAUCGCUCCUCUUUUAAAAUCAAACAAAAUCGAAAUGCAGAGGAACACAGUGGCUUUGGUAGGAAACCUGACCAAGAACCCAAACCUGCACAGCGCCUUAGCUCAUAAAGCCCUCCCAGAGCUGCUGGGCAUCCUCAGCGCAGGCACCAAGGAAGGAAAUGAGUCUGAUGACACACUGUCCAUGGCCUGCCUGACCUCCAACUGCCUGUUUAAGAACAAACCUGAGAUGGGAAAGCACCUGUUAAACGACAACCUGAUUAACUCUCUGAACCAUCUCAGCAAAAACACACAUUUCCCCAAAUCCAGCAAAGCCGCAGCUCUGCUCCUUCACAACCUGUGGUCAGAAAAAGAUUUACAGAGCUUCCUGAAAAAGCAAGGGAUGACUAAGUCUUCAUUUGUGAAUGACAUCACAGCGGCGGCACAUAAAUCAGUUCAAGUUGUUGCUUGACGCGACAGCUUGGACCGAUUUCCUGAAAGAGAUUUGACGGAGUAACUCACCUGAAGGUCCUCCGCACAUCCGCCAGACGUAAAUGCACUGAGGCUGAGCAGUGUCCUUUCUCACUUCACAAAGUCUUACAGAUUGUUUUAAUACAUGCAUAAUGUUUCUAUGAACGUAUGAUAGCCCUGUAAAUGCUGUAAGGUUACUUUUUCUUGGUAGGUGAAGGUUUAACAUGCAACCAACAAGCUAGUUUUUGUAUCUGCUUUCAAAUGCUAAUGUAGUUGUGUGUAUGUGCCUGCACAGUGAGCUCGCUUUAUUAGAUAAUAACACAAGGGGUAAGAUUUUAUUUUUGCACGCAGAUUGCUGUUUUAACAUCAUGCUACAACAUUGUAAAAAAAAAAAAGUAAUUUUGUGUCAAUAGCGACACUGUCUUAAGCAGUGAUUUCAUAAAGACUUAAGCUUUUGUUGGUGGUGUAACCAUCUGUUUUUUAUAAAUGUAAGUGUGAUCUUGUGUAAUAAAUAAAGCUGUCAGACAUAUAGUCUUCAA